AUGCGGGCGCGCCGGGGCGCGGGGUCGCGGCUGCCGCUGCUGCUGCUGCUGCUGCUGGCGGGCGGCGCGGGGCCGGCGCGCGGCUCCGAGGACAUCGUGGUGGGCUGCGGGGGCUUCGUCAAGUCCGACGUGGAGAUCAACUACUCGCUCAUCGAGAUAAAGCUGUACACCAAGCAUGGGACUUUGAAAUACCAGACGGACUGUGCCCCCAACAACGGCUACUUUAUGAUCCCCCUGUACGAUAAGGGAGAUUUCAUUCUGAAGAUUGAGCCGCCCCUGGGCUGGAGUUUUGAGCCCACCAGCGUGGAGCUGUACGUGGACGGCGUCAGCGACAUCUGCACCAAGGGUGGUGACAUCAACUUCGUGUUCACCGGCUUCUCCGUGAACGGAAAGGUCCUGAGCAGAGGGCAGCCCCUGGGGCCUGCCGGCGUGCAGGUGUCUCUGAGGAGCACGGGCACGGAGGCGAAGGUCCAGUCCACCGUCACGCAGCCUGGCGGGAAGUUUUCCUUUUUCAAAGUUCUUCCCGGAGACUAUGAAAUCCUGGCGACUCAUCCCACCUGGCCGUUGAAAGAGGCCAGCACCACCGUGCGCGUGACCAACUCCAACGCCAAUGCAGCCGGCCCCCUCAUCGUGGCCGGCUACAAUGUGUCCGGCUCUGUGCGCAGUGAUGGGGAGCCCAUGAAAGGGGUGAAGUUCCUUCUCUUCUCCUCUCUGGUGGCCCAGGAGGACGUCCAGGGCUGCAGCACCUCCCCCGUGCCCGGCUUCCAGCCCCAUGACACGAGCCUGGUGUUCCUGUGCUACGCAGUUUCCAAGGAGGACGGCUCCUUCUCCUUCUACUCCCUGCCCAGUGGUGGCUACACUGUGGUCCCCUUCUACAGGGGCGAGAGGAUCACCUUCGACGUGGCCCCCGCCCGCCUGGACUUCACGGUGGAACACGACAGCCUGAGGAUUGAGCCCGUGUUCCACGUCAUGGGCUUCUCGGUCACCGGGAGGGUCCUGAACGGCCCCGCGGGAGAAGGUGUGCCCGAGGCGGAGGUCACCCUCAAUGACCAGAUCAAAGUCAGGACGAAGGCCGACGGCUCCUUCCGGCUGGAGAACAUCACCACGGGCACCUACACCAUCCGCGCGCAGAAAGAGCGGCUCUUCUUCGACACCGUCACCAUCAAGAUCGCGCCCAACACGCCCCAGCUGGCCGACAUCAUUGCCACAGGGUUCAGCGUCUGUGGCCGCAUCGUCAUCACGCGCCUCCCUGACGCCGUGGCUCAGAUGAGCAGGUACAAAGUCGCCCUGUUGUCUCAAGACAAGGACAAGCCGUUGGCCACCGUGGACACGGACGCCCAGGGCGCCUUCUGCUUCCGAGCCAAGCCAGGGGCCUACAGGGUGCAGGUGGUGGUUCCUGAGGCUGAGUCCAGAGCAGGGCUGACCUUGAAGCCCCAGACAGUCCCUCUCACAGUGACCGACAGGCCCGUGAUGGACGUGGCUUUUGUGCAGUUCUUGGCGUCCAUUUCUGGGAAAGUCUCCUGUUUGGACUCCUGCGGUGACCUGCUGGUGACCCUGCAGGCCCUGAGCCGCCAGGGCGAGAAGCGCAACCUCCGGCUGUCGGGCAAGGCCAACGCGCUGACCUUCACCUUUGACAGCGUGCUCCCCGGGAAGUACAAGGUUGGCAUCACGCACGAGGACUGGUGCUGGAGGAACAAGAGCCUGGAGGUGGACGUGCUGGAGGACGACGUGCCGGCCGUCGAGUUCCGGCAGACGGGCUACAUGCUCCGGUGCUCGCUGUCCCACGCCAUCACGCUGGAGUUCUACCAGGACGGCAACGGGCCCGAGAAUGUGGGGAUCUAUAACCUCUCCAAAGGGGUCAACCGCUUCUGUCUGUCCAAGCCAGGUGUGUACAAGGUCACCCCACGCUCCUGCCACCGGUUUGAGCAAGCGUUCUACACCUACGACACGUCCUCGCCCAGUAUCUUGACGCUGACGGCGGUCCGCCACCAUGUCCUGGGCACCAUCACCACUGACAAGAUGAUGGAUGUCACCGUGACGAUCAAGUCGUCCAUCGACAGCGAGCCGGCCCUGGUCCUGGGCCCGCUGAAGUCGGUGCAGGAGCUGCGGCGUGAGCAGCAGGUGGCAGAGAUAGAGAGCCGCCGGCAGGCGCGGGAGAAGAGCAGCGAGCAGCCCGGCGAGGGCAGGACCAAGCCCCCCGCGCAGGAGGUGGUGGACGAGCUGCAAGGCCCCUUCUCCUACGACUUCUCCUACUGGGCCCGGUCGGGGGAGAAGAUCACCGUCACGCCCUCGUCCAAGGAGCUGCUCUUCUACCCGCCGUCCAUGGAGGCCACCGUCAGUGGGGAGAGCUGCCCCGGGAAGCUGAUUGAGAUCCACGGCAAGGCCGGGCUGUUCCUCGAGGGCCAGAUCCGGCCGGAGCUGGAGGGCGUGGAGAUCGUCAUCAGCGAGAAGGGCGCCAGCUCCCCGCUCAUCACGGUCUUCACGGAUGACAAAGGGGCCUACAGCGUGGGGCCCCUGCACAGUGACCUGGAGUACACGGUGUCCUCGCAGAAGGAGGGCUACGUGCUGACGGCCGUGGAGGGCACCGUGGGCGACUUCAAGGCCUACGCCUUGGCGGGCGUGAGCUUCGAGAUCAAAGCCGAGGAUGACCAGCCCCUCCCCGGGGUCCUCCUGUCCCUGAGCGGCGGAGUGUUCCGGUCCAACCUCCUGACGCAGGACAAUGGCAUCCUGACCUUCUCCAACCUGAGCCCGGGCCAGUACUACUUCAAGCCCAUGAUGAAGGAAUUCCGCUUCGAGCCCUCCUCGCAGAUGAUCGAGGUGCAUGAGGGCCAGAACCUGCGCAUCACGGUCACCGGCUACCGGACGGCCUACAGCUGCUACGGCACCGUGUCGUCCCUGAACGGGGAGCCUGAGCAGGGCGUGGCCGUGGAGGCCGCAGGCCAGGGCGACUGCAGCAUCUACGGGGAGGACACGGUGACCGACGAGGAGGGCCGCUUCCGGCUGCGCGGCUUGCUGCCGGGAUGUGUCUACCACGUGCAGCUCAAGGCCGAGGGCAACGACCACAUUGAGCGGGCCCUGCCCCACCACCGGGUCAUCUCGGUCGGGAACAACGACAUCGACGACAUCAACAUCAUCGUGUUCCGCCAGAUCAGCCAGUUCGACCUGAGCGGGAACGUGAUCACGCCCUCCGAGUACCUGCCCACGCUCUGGGUGAAGCUGUACAAGAGCGAGAACCUGGACAGCCCCGUGCAGACCCUGUCCCUGGGCCAGUCGCUCUUCUUCCACUUCCCGCCUCUGCUGCGCGAUGGCCAGAAUUACGUGGUGCUGCUGGACUCCACGCUGCCCCGCUCGCAGUACGACUACGCCCUGCCCCAGGUCUCCUUCGCGGCCGUGGGCUACCAGAAGCACAUCACGCUGGUGUUCAGCCCCACGCGGCGGCUCCCGGAGCAGGACAUCGCGCAGGGCUCCUACAUCGCCCUGCCCCUCACGCUGCUCAUCCUGCUGGCCGGCUACAACCACGAGAAGCUCAUUCCCUUCCUGCUGCAGCUGACCAGCCGGCUGCAGGGCGUCCGAGUCCUCGGCCAGGCGGCCUCCGACAGCAGUGGCCCCGAGGACGCCAAGCGGCAAGCCAAGAAACAGAAGACCAGGCGGACGUGAGGGGCGGAGACUGCGGGCCUCUCCCCAUGUGGGACUCACCCGGCUCCGUGCCGCUGGCCCGGGCCCCACUGUUGGCCUCUGCCGCCGCCUCGGCGCGAUGACCAGCCCCUCCUGUCACUCUGCUGAGCACAGUCUAUUCUGGGAGUUGAAGAUAAUUUAUUAUUAUUAUUGUUAUU